AUGGGGUGCAAGAAGAGGGGGGAAAAAAGGGCUGCCGUGGGGGUGCAGGCGGGGGGGGGGGAGGGGGCAGUGCCAGAGAAGACACUCCGGUCCCCGCAUCCCCGCCCGGCUCUGCCAGUGCCGGGGGCCGGCGGUGCCGCUCCUCCGGUGGGGGCGGGCGGAGUGGCCGGGGGCGAAGACUGCCUGUGGUACGUGGACAGAAACGGGUCAUGGCACCCUGACUUCGACUGCGAGUUCUUCACCUUCUGCUGUGGCACAUGCCACCAGCGGUACUGCUGCCGAGACCCUCUGCGCCUGAUCACCGAGCGCCAGCAACGCCACUGCCUUGCCUUCAGCCCCAAGACCAUCGCAGGCAUCGCCUCAGCUGUGGUGCUUUUCAUCGCCAUCGUCACCACCAUCGUCUGCUGCUUCAUGUGCUCCUGCUGCUACUUGUACCAGCGCCGGCAGCACCCCCGCACGCCCCUCCAAGGCCCGGAAAUUCCCCUGUCCAGCUACCACCCUGCAGCUCCUCCAGCUCCCUUCCCCGUGGACCCCAAAGCCGGCCCUACACCUCCCCAGCCUGGCUUCACCCCCAUGGCCAUGUAUCCCCCUCCCGGCCCUGCCGCCCAGUACCCCAUGUACCCCUCCGGCCCCCCUGUCUACAACCCUACAGCACCACCACCCUACGCCCCGGCACAGCCCAGCUAUCCCGGAGCAUGAGUCCCCACGGAGACCUCCGCACCCUCCGCCGGCCAGUGGGGCUGGGGGGGACGACACCAGGGACCCCCCCCGGCGCUGGGGGGCUGUCUUAGCCGGCGCUGGAUGGGGCUCUUCCCAGCCAUCCUGGGGUGAUCCGGUGCCAGCAGGACAGGGUGGCUCUUGUGCCGCACACUGGGCCCUUUGUGGGUGCCUACUCCCCCGACUCUGGGUGCCAGUGGCCCCGAGCACCCGCGGAGGGGUUUCCGGGGGGUCCUCCGAGGGCCAUGCACCGCUGUCUCCCUGCACACUACUCCCGGAUUUACCCCCGGCUCUUCCCUCCGGAGCUGGCAUUAAACCACGUCUUGUGCCCACA